CUUGGAUGCAAAGAUACAAAAACUGACAGUGCAAAAAUACAAAACUGACAUUCAAUAAUUACCUUAUCUUCAUAUACUAUAGUUAAUUAAUAUUCUUAUAAAUACUACAGAAUUGAGUGGUACUGUACCUAUCUACCAUCUGAAAUGGCCAAUUCUAAGUGGUCUCAAAUUUUGUUCAUUGUCAUCAUAACAUUGGCAAACCUUUUCCAAUGUAACAUUGCAACAGAUCCAUUUGUCCAACAAGGACAGGACAAUAUUGGUAGAGCACUUCCAGGUCAAAACUUCAACAUCAGCUUUGAACAUUACUCUGGUUAUAUAACAGUGAAUGAGGAUGUUGGUAGGAACUUGUUUUACUGGUUCAUUCAAGCUGAUCAUGUAGAUCCUACUUCUAAGCCACUUCUUUUGUGGUUCAAUGGUGGUCCUGGUUGUUCUUCUAUUGCUUAUGGUGAAGCUGAGGAAAUUGGUCCUUUUCAUAUUAAUUCAGAUGGCAAAAACCUUCAUUUUAAUCCUUAUUCUUGGAAUCAAGUUGCCAAUAUUCUUUAUAUUGACUCUCCUGUUGGAGUUGGAUUUUCAUAUUCAACAAAGAAUUCAUCUGAUGACAUUCUCAACAAUGGCGAUAAGAGGACAGCUGAGGAUAAUCUCAUAUUUCUAUUAAAGUGGUUUGAGCGUUUUCCCCAGUACAAAAAAACAGACUUUUUCAUCAGUGGUGAGAGCUAUGCAGGACAUUAUGUUCCACAACUUAGCCAAGUUAUUGUCAAGUACAACUCAGCUACAAAACACGAUUCUAUAAAUUUCAAAGGUUUCAUGGUGGGAAAUGCUCUAACAGAUGAUUUCCAUGAUCAAUUGGGGAUUUUCGAGUUUAUGUGGACAAAUGGUAUGAUCUCGGAUCAAACAUUCAAGCUCUUGAACUUGCUAUGUGAUUUUCAGUCAGUCGAACACCCGUCACAGUCCUGUGAAAGGAUCUUGGAAAUUGCUGAUAAGGAAAUGGGUAAUAUAGACCCAUACAGUAUCUUCACUCCUCCUUGCCAUGCUAAUGAUAAUCAGCAGAUCAAAAGAAAGAAUAGUGUUGGAAGACUAAGAGGCGUGUAUGAUCCUUGCACCGAAAAGCACAGCACUAUAUACUUCAAUCGACCAGAGGUCCAAAGGAUUCUACAUGUUGAUCCAGAUUAUAAGCCUGCUAAAUGGGAGACCUGCAGCACUGUGGUAAAUACAAACUGGAAGGAUUCUCCUAGAACAGUACUCGACAUAUAUCGUGAACUUAUUCCUACUGGUCUACGAAUAUGGAUAUUCAGUGGCAAUACAGAUGCUGUAAUCCCAGUAACAUCUACUCGCUAUACUAUAAAUGCUCUCAAGCUUCCAACCGUGAGCCCUUGGCGUGCAUGGUAUGAUGACGGGGAGGUAGGAGGAUGGACCCAAGAAUACGCCGGACUCACGUUUGUAAAUGUAAGGGGUGCCGGGCAUGAAGUUCCUCUGCAUAGACCAAAACUUGCGCUAACAUUGAUCAAAGCCUUCUUAGCAGGAACCUCCAUGCCAACUCUUGAACCACUCACCGCCGCCUCUUGAUAUGAUUCGUUCAAGUUAUGGUUGUUACAUUGCCAUUUGUGUUUGUUUUCCAUUGAAUAUUUGUCAAUAGUAUUCUUCCAAGCAGUGCUAUAUGUAGCACAAUUUAUUCUUACAGGAAAUGCACAAACGGUGAUAUGUAUUUUCUUAAGAAACCUUAAGUUCUUAUCUCCUGCAUCUGAGAUAAAUCUGGUGUAAUGGAGUAUAAGCCAAUCAAAAUGUUACGUUAACUUUUCGUUCGAUA